AUGACUGUUCCAGAUUUCCCGUCCAGUCAGAGUGUUGCUUUUCGGCAGAAGAAACGAAAMCCCGCCAGCCGGCGUACACUCAGCUGCUACCUCUGCCGAAAGCAUAAGCUGAAGUGUGACCGCCAGAUUCCCUGCCAAAGUUGCAUCAGAUAUCAAAGAGAGGAUCAAUGCAAAGAAAAUCCAGCGCCAUCUGCUUCGGCGCGCGUUGCGCCACGACAAUCGCCUCCAAGCAUUGCACCCGGAUGCUUGCCGGCGUCGCCGAAGCCCGGAGGCAGCGACUUCAUGCUAGAAAUUAUGAGUUCCCCGACCAGCUACUCAGUAAAGCAAGUUGUGGAGUAUUCUCAAUUACAUACUCGUCUAGAUCCAGCACAUACAAGAAUAUUUCUCCAAUCACGUUUUACGCUGCCCGUCCUGCUGCCCCAUUCUACGCUUGUUUCGGGUGAAGCAGGCAAUUCACAACCCCAAAUAUCUCGCUAUAUCGACUCUAAGUUAUUCUGGAAGGUGCAGUUGGCCUCGCUUCUCCCACCUCGAGAAUUAUGCGAUGGUCUCAUGUCAUAUUACAUCGGGAAUAUUGACCUCAUAUAUCACGCCAUUCAUAUCCCGAGCUUACAGCAGCAAUACGAUGCAUUUUGGUCGCUGGACGCUACUGAGAUUGAUCUCAUAUGGCUUGCACUUUUGCUAACAAUUAUCUCCUUGGCUGCGCUUAUGGGCCCUCAAGAAUACCUGAGUAUGUUGGGAAUGGAAAAGUCUCUGAAUCGUGACUGGGCUCAUGUCUGGCAUCAAGCAUCUCGUCAGGCGCUUUAUGCUGGUGAUUAUGAACUGAAACCGACUUUAACGCAGCUGCAAGUGUUUUUGUGUACUCAGACAUACUGGCUAGAAACUAAGCAACAUGAGAUAUUGAACUCAGCUCUCGGCCAAGCAGUACGAAACGCUCAAGCUAUGGGACUAGAUAAGAAUAACCCCGGCAAAGAUCGUCUGGAUACCGAACUCAGGCGUCGUAUCUGGUGGGGACUCAUAGUUGAUGAUUGUUAUCAAGCUAUGUGUCUGGGGCGUCCUCCGCUAAUUCACCCUUCAUCUUCCGAGGUACCCAUGCCGGCCCAUUGCAAUGACACCGAUGUCACUGCAACGUCCAUCACGCCACGUCCCAUUGAGGAAAUCACCGACAUGAGUGCAGAUAUUGCGCACAUUGAGGUUUAUAACAUCUUUCGUCGGAUCUUCGAGAAUAAUGGUGCUUAUACUUCUUCGUAUGAAUAUAUCCGGUCAAUCGAUCGCCAGAUCCAAGACGUCGUAUCACGAUUUCCGUGGUACUUUCAAACCAAUAACGAAAUAAACAUUGGCCACAUGUCAAGCAUGAAUGUCAUUGUGUGGCAGCACAAUAUUUUGCACCUUGGAAUUUGUCUACAACGUAUUCGACUGAACAGACCCUUUCUCCACGCGCGCAUUGGCGAAUCGUGGCUUGUUUGUGCAAAAGCCGCGCAAGACAUGUUCGUUCCGUACCGGCGAAUGCGUGAGAUCAACGUUGCUGGAUUUUUAAGAUCGCAACGAUUUACAGCCCUUGAAUAUCAAGUCUAUACAGCUGCGGUAGCAGUGGCCGCUUUUUUGCUUGUGGAGCGCUCCCUGCCGGGAUUAUCAUCGCAUUCGAUGAUUCAAGAUAUUCAGAUGGUAAUAUCGGACCUGGAACAAGUUGAUCUCAGACCCAUGCUAGCCGAUGGAGUCAAGGUGUUGCGAAAGAUGCUUGAUUUGUUUGAGCAUGACCAGGAUAGAGACUCACAGGCCCGCACCUCGUUAGUCAAGGAAAUUGCGUCGAUAUUUGGUGGCGAGGAGCUUGCAAAGAAGUAUUUGAAACGGUCUGACGAUGAUACACUUGGCUCUACUAAGGCUACACACACAAUUCAACCAGUCACAACGAGGGAGCCAGACUUGGGACAUAUCAGCACUGCGGUUCCAUCCAUUACAGACCAUCCAGGUAUUGACAUUGAUGAUUUUCUCAUGGCUGUCAAUGAUUCUACAUCUAUCGACUUUGAGGUUGCAUUAGACAUGUUGAGCUUCGACCAGUGGCUAGACUAUCCGAUACUUGAUGACACAGAUGCGCAACUUGAACAAUGGUAA